AUGCAAUUCAUCGAUCUAUGUCUUCGGGAUGGCCGGCCUUUGGGGGAACUGGGCCUGACACCCGCAACCUGGGAGGUUGUGGACCAGAACCUCGAUGGAUACACUGUUCUCUGGAGAGUGGAGGAGGUGGCCUGUGGGCUGCAAGUCAGGGGAUGCAAACCUGAGUUGCAGAAGUCUGCGAUGGCAGCACUGGAAGUGAUCACAGGGGUUUCGCUGCCAGCCGAUUAUUCCUUGGAUCUUUUACCCGGCAAUGAUGAAUGCUCGCUGGAAAUCAAGGAGCACCAGGUGGACCUUGCAAGCCUGAAGACUUUCCUGGACUACACCGGCCUCGCUGCGAGGUGGGAACGCAGCCAGCUCCUGACGCCUGCACAGCGAAGCCUCCACACAGGAAUCCGCAUGUCUACGGUGGCAUGGUUUAUCUUCCGAGCACCUUUUCAGGAGACCUUUCAGGACGAGAUUCGGUAUGCCCGGCUGCACAAGCGGCUCAUCCAUCGCCUGGCACAGCUGGCCGAGCACCACAUGAGCAAUGUGCUUCAAGCUUCCCUGCCAACACCGCAGAGUGGAGAUGUUCUCCACCCUGCCAAGAGGGAUGGGCGACGAGCUCGUGGUGAGCCGAAGCUCCAGAACGUGCUUGCAAUCGAGCGAUUCAUGACGAGAGGCUCCUUGCUGCACGCAGCAGAUUCAGUGAUUCAGUGCAGAUAUCCAGAAUCCAGUGUCCCAGUGCCUAGGCCGAGAAUCCUAAGCGGCCUGCACCAAGAGAAGCUCACCGCCAGAGAGCACAUCCGAGCUGUUGCCAAUGUUCUCAAUCAUUUGGGAGUAUCACUGGAUGAUAUUUUUCCGAAGAAGCCCCUCAAGCCUUUGAGCCCAUCUUCUGAAAUCUUGAUGAACUACACAGUGGGCGAGAAGACUAUGCCUUUCAUUACAUCUGUUGAAGACGGGGAUUCGAGAUGGGACGUCCCAGACGCUGAUUCCCAUCAUAUCCGAUUGAUCGUGUGCCCUGACGAGGGAAGCCCGAUGUUCAGCAGCUAUGUCUUUCUGGCAACCAGGAAUGCUUCAAUCAAUUUGUGCCGCGAUGAGCUGCUACUUAGCUUGAAGGGAAUACGAAGCCGAGCGCCGGAAGUGCUCUAUAGACUCUAUAGUCAUUGCCAUGCAGCAGCCGAGGUACAAGUUGAACCAGUACUGCCUCCGGGUUCUGGCAUCGUCGCCCCUGAUGAAGCGAUUCUCGGGUGA